AUGCUCUCGCUCAACACCCCGACUUACUCGCCUCCCUCGGGUUAUCAACUGUCGGAACUGCCCAAGCCAGUACUCGGGGACAGAAAUGAGGUGCUGAUCAAGGUUCACGCCGCUAGCAUCAAUCCCAUCGAUGUCAAAAAGGCAGGCGGGGUUCUUAGAAAGGGGAUCAAGGACGACUUUCCAUACAAGAUUGGCUAUGAUUGUGCGGGUGUUGUGGCAGAGGUCGGGUCCGGAGUGAGUCGUGUCAAAGUUGGCGAUGAGGUGUACACUCGACUGCCCGAGGCCUUUCGAGGUUCAUGCAGCGAGUUCGUGACAUGUCCGGCAAAAUACGUUGCUCUGAAGCCUCCUUCACUUUCGUUCGACGAAGCUGCCUCGAUCCCUUUAGCAGCCAUGACGGCUCUGCAAGCACUGCGACGUUAUCAAGGUGACCUUGCUGGGAAAACUGUACUUGUACCUGCUGGCUUAGGUGGGACGGGCAUGUUCGGUUGCCAGUUGGCCAAGCAUGUCUUCAAGGCCGGCAAGGUCAUUACAACAGUCUCAACCUCCAAGGUACCAAAGGUCAAAGAGCUCUUGGGAGAUAAUACAGUGGAUGAAAUUAUCGAUUACACCAAAGUAGAUCCCAAGACAGCCAUCGAAGCAGGAACAGUAGACUUCCUGUUCGAUACCACCGGGUCCUCCAUGGAAUAUCUGAGUCUAAUACGGCCCAAGACUGGUUGCAUCAUCUCUGUCUCAACAACUCCAUCAGGCGACCAGCUUCAGAACUCAUCGCUGAUGGAACUACCGCAUCAUCCCGUCCUUCCGCUACCCAUCAAGCUUGCCCUGAAUCUCACAGACAGCAUCCGCAAGUACCGCGCGCGGCGCUAUGGCGUUUACUACUCGUACAUGUUUCUCGAGUCCAGUGGUGCCGAUUUGGAUGAGCUGAGGGAUCAUGUUGAAACUGGAAAGCUGAGGACGGUGGUGGGGACGACGGCUUCCUUGAAGAACCUUCCAGCUGUUCAAGAGGCAUGUCAGGUUGUUUAUGGUGGCCGUGGUGGCCUUGGGAAGGUGGUUAUCAAAGCUAUUGACGAGUAG